AUUAAUAUUAAUGUUACCAAUACAGUGACAUCAUUACUAUUUAAAAAAUUCUAGGUGGUAUUUGCAUCGUGCAGUACAAUAAACCUUGUCAGCGAGAUUAUGAACUUCAGUGUUUCCACUAUGAGUUUCAAUCAUUGAGAAACGUAGGCUGCCAACUUAGUUUGUAGCACCAUAGCAAUCCCUGGCCUCAUGUUACUUUACAAAAAAAGGAUCCCAAUGAGGUCUGCGCAAGUGAGGUAUACAGAUUUGAAAUUUGUGAUUAAGAGAGCACUGAUAUCGGAUUGGUACUCGAUAUCGGCAGACACUCUGAGUUAGAGUAUCCGAAUCAAAAAGGGAGAGAAAAAGUUGGAUUGGUGCAUCCCAAAUAUAUAUGUUUAUACACCUUUAUCCCUGAUGAGAGUGGAAACACUGGACCACAAUAUUGAAUUUCAUCCAAAAAGGCACAGAUGCACCAGGAGGAAGCGUAUGCACAAACUAUGAAAUGUUGUUCAUUUCUUGUGGUUCAAGUGGCCAAAGUAACUAUUUCCAGAGUAGUACAUCUUCUAAAAUAAAAAGUAUGAAAGAACUAUGGGAGAAAAAUAGCUGGUGCAGAAAAUUUCAGCCCAUUUCCAUAGGGAUGAACUUUAAUGUUGUGCAGCGUAAUGUUGUAUAACGGGGCACACGGCCAAAUGAAAUAGGUCAAACGAUGCUGUGCUUUCAGGCCUCCAGAGUUUGAUGGAGUUCUUUACAUAUUAGUAUCUAUUUCAGUGGAGAGUUUAAUGAGAUCCUUGGAGGGUGAUGCAAUCUAAUAAAAACUUACCCACCGACUCAAACAGUUCACUUUCUGAAUUUUGGAGAUGAACACACACCAAGUGCAUUUCAAGGUCAGGUAUCUGUGAGUGAAUGGGACACCAGUACAAGUUGAAUGUUAGUUUUAUCAUGAAAAUGAAAGUUCUUUUUAAAUUUCAUUCAUGUAUGCUGGUUAUGUAAGUUUUAUUAGUGAGCAUUUAUUUUAGAAAACAUCAAUGGGUGAUGAACUAAAUGUUACAUAUAUAAGUCUUGGUGGUCAUGUGGAAAUGCAGAAAUACAAAUAUCUUUAUUUUUUGAUCAUAUUUACAGUAUAUAUUCUAAUAAUCUGCUUUAAUUUCACCAUUGUGAGCCUUAUUUGGAUACACAACAACCUCCAUGAGCCUAUGUAUAUUUUCAUUGCAGCUUUGCUACUGAACUCUGCUGUUUUCAGCACUGCUAUGUACCCAAAGUUGUUAAUUGACUUUUUAUCCGAAAAACAGAUCAUAUCAUAUUCAGCCUGUCUCUUUCAAUUUUUUAUAUAUUACUCCCUAAGUGGUUCAGAAUUCUUAUUGUUGGCAGCCAUGGCCUAUGACAGGUAUGUGUCUAUAUGUAAACCUCUGCAAUAUCCAAAUAUCAUGAGAAAAACCACAGUGAGUAUCUUCCUGGUUUUAGCGUGGCUUGUGCCUGCUUGUCAGAUUUCAGUCCCAGCAAUACUGAGUGCUAAUAUGAAACUCUGUAAAUUAACUUUAAAUGCAAUUUUUUGUAACAAUUCAAUUUACAGUCUCCACUGUGUAAGUUCAAGAGCACUUUCUAUAUAUGGUGUUGUUGCUCUGCUAAACAUUGCGCUUCUCCCUGUGCUCUUCAUAAUUUUUACAUACACCAGGAUACUUAUAAUAUCCUAUCGAAGUUGUAGAGAAGUCAGGACAAAAGCUGCACAGACCUGUUUACCUCACCUGUUGGUUCUAAUAAGCUUUUCCUUUUUAUGUGCAUAUGAUGUCAUUAUAGUUCGACUAGGAUCAGAUUUUCCAAAAACUGUACGUUUAAUAAUGACUUUACAAGCGGUUUUGUAUCAUCCUCUCUUCAAUCCCAUUAUAUAUGGACUAAAAAUGAAAGAAAUCUCUAAACACCUGAAGAGGUUGUUCUGUCAAACCAAACUGAUCUAAUGUAUUAAAAGUGAUGUUACAAUAAUAGUGAUGUUAGUGAUGCUAAUGUGCAGUCAUUUCCAUAAUAAUAAUAAUAAUAAUGCAGAGAUGUGAAUGCUCUGAUCUUUGGAAGGUAUUUAAUGUAAAGAUUUGUUUCCAUGCUUUGAAAAUCCUUUUCACUAUUUCUCAUAGAAAUAAUAACGAGUAUCUUGAGUUUGAACUUUAGAAUAGGGAACCUGUGUGGGUUAAUAAAUGUCAAACUACUAUUUAAUUUGUUAUGAGCAAGACCUCACUUGGUUAGGAAUGAGGAACAUAUUCUGAGUUAGAAAGACUUAAUUUAGAGUUACUUGGACACAUUAACACUAGUUUUGUGUUUUGUCAUAUAAGAAUAGACCAUAUUUAUUAAGUGUUAUUAAGGGAGAAUGACUAUUCUUGUGGUACUUCCACCUUAGGCCAUAAUGAGCAAAGCAUUUUAAGAUCGUAAUUCAUGUACAACAACUUCCUUACUUACUAUCAAUAAGCGGUAAUUAGGAGGUUAUUGAGGGAAAACUUGUAGUUAAUGGCCUAAUAGUUGUGGAACAUGGACAUGCAGAAUAAGGCAUUAAUAAGUGCUUCAUAAUGACUAAUAAAGAGCCAACAUGCUACUAACAUGCAUGCUAAUAAGCAACUAGUUAACGGUGAAUAUGCGUACCUUAAUUUAAAGUGUUACCUUUAAGUUCCAGUAUAUAGGAUUUAGUGGCAUCUAGCGGUGAAAUUGCAGAUUGCAAUUUGUGAACACCGCUCGCCUCGGCGGCCUCCGUGGAGGGGACACGCUCCUUAUGUGGAUAAAAACAGCUUACUCUAAGGUAAUGAAAACACAACGAUUCUUAUUUUCAGGUGAUUUUACACUAAUGAAAACGUACAUAAAUAUUAUAUUCCAUUUCUGCCAAUAGCUCCUCCUGAAUGUUACAUACUGGACCUUUAACUACUAUAUAUGGUGUGGUUGCUUUAUCAGAUCUUGCAAUUCUCCCUAUGCUCUUCAUAAUUUUUACGUACAAAAAGAUACUUAUUAUAUCCUAUCAUAGUUGUAGAGAAGUCAGGAAAAAAGCCGCAGAGACCUGUUCAACCCACCUGUUGGUUUUAAUCAGUUUGUCCUGUUUGUGUGCAUAUGAUAGAAGUAUAGUUUGAGAGGAAUCAAAUUUAUAAAAAUCUGCACGCUUAAUAAUGAUGUUACAAAUAGUUUUGUAUAAUCCUUUCUUUAAUCCACUCAAAUGAAAUACAUUUCUAAACACCUUAGAAGGUUGUUCUGUCCAGUCAAAAUAAUCUGAUGUAUUGACACUGAUUACUGAUGUAAAGUCAUUCCUUCGGAAAUGAUCAUGCAGAGAAUUCUUGAAAUGUAUUUAAUGUACGCACGCUUUGCUGUGUCCACAACAAAGAGUCUUUACUGUCUAAAGAGACUCUUUACUGUUUGUUAUGGAAACAGCAAAGAGCUUGAACAAUGUAAUGGCUAAUCAAUUUGCUGCAGUUAUUAGUUAUUCAAAAAAUAUCCUUUUAUUAUACAUUAUCAAAUCUUCACAACUUUCAUUCAGACUUUUUCUCUAUUUUCUCUGUUUACAGGUAAUGACAUUUAUAUUAGUAUAAUUUGCUCUGGGUGUACUAAUAAAAUUAAAUAUUGAAAUUCAGCAAUAUAAAUUGUAUUAAUGCAGAUGCUUUAAAUCUUAACAACACAUAUCUGUUUCACAAAUGUUUCAUUCUCAUUUUACUGCACUUCACGCAGCCAAAAUGUGUGGGUAAAACUGCCUUUUUGAGAAACAAUGAUAUUUGCUGUUCCCAGCUGUUCUUUGUCUUCCACUGCUGCACAUGCAGACUCAGGAGAAAAUCAUUAUUGUUCACUUUUUUUCACAAGCUGUGACUUCAGACCCUGUGUGCUUGGACUAAAAGAAAAAGAAAAAUUGUGCAUGAAGGUAUACAUGUGUGUGUGUGGCGGUCGGUGUUCUGGCAUCUGCCUGUGGCCUUUUGACUGAAACUCACCAACUAGUCAGCUAGUCCUGCUACACAACAAUACAGUUUGUAUUUUCUGAAUUGUCUGAUGUAUUAAUUUAAUAUUGGGUACAUUACCACCAUGCAUUCUAGCAACUGCUAAUUCAAGACUUGCCGGCUCCCACUGGCAGAAAUCAUUCUCUAAGCUGAUGUUGUACCCAUAAAUAAUAUAUGUUUUUUUCCAUUAAUGGACAGAUUAAACAAAGAAGUGUACACAUUUAUAAUGAAUGAGUAUAUGUAUGUAAGAAGAAAAUGUAUGUAUGUCUAGUUUACGGUGAUGCCAGAGACUUCUGAGUGGAUGAGGGGACGGCUGGUUCAGGAAAAAUGAUGUUCUGUAUGCAGAUGUAAAUCACGCUCUCCUUGCCCCUUCCCCUCAGACCCAACCUCGAGCUUCUCAGCCAAUCACAUUGCGAUAAAUGAGCUGCCAUCCGUUUCCACUAUACUCUCUCACACACAUGCAUACAUUCCUCUCUUACAUGCAUACAUUUUCUUCUUACAUAUAUAUUAUAUAAAAUAUUAAAUGUAUACAUUGCCUGCAUGUGCAUGAGAGCUCCCCUCAGGGUGGGUGGAAGACCUCAGGCGGACGGCCCAGGGGCAGGACAGGUGUGGGGCAGAAAACCUCAGGUGGAGGAACUGAGAGCAGGACAGAAGGGCCGGGUGAUGACCAGAUGCAAGGAGCAACCCAGGAGGUCGUUGAUGAAGGCGAAACCCCUCCGAAGGCCGGCAGGGAGGAUAGAAGGCCUCUGGAGGUCUGACGGGAUGCCGGCGGCGAAGGCAGAACCCUUCUGGGGGCCGGCGGCGUGGCUGGAGCUCAAGAUUGGGGUCUGGUGACAGGGCAGCAGGGCUGGAGGCAGUGAUGCCAGGAAACCAGGAGGCUGCUGCUCAGGUGGAUCAGGAGAUUACUGCUGAUCCUGAGGCCGCUGCAGCUCAGCAGGAUCAGAUGGCUGCAGCCCAACCAAAGCAGAAGAUGGCUGCCAUCUAGCAGUGGCAAGAGUGUGCUGCAGUGCAGGAGUGUGCCGCAGUUCAGGGGAUUGCUGCAGCUCCGCAACGACAGGUGGUUGCAGCCCAACCGGAGCAGGAGAUGGAUGCUGCGAUCAGGGGGACUGUGUGACUGCUGCAGCACAGACAGUUCAGGAGGAACUGGAAUUUAAUUACUUAAAUACACUCAGGUGAGAGGAGAUAAUGAGACACAGGUGCAACUAAUCAGGGCGGGGCAAACAAUCAAAACU